GUUAUGAAAGAGAUACAGCGAAACACAUCUCAGGAACUGCAAAACUGAGCUUAAAUCGAGGAGAUGGGAAACAAAUUCGAAAGAGUUGGGUAUGGUUUACACUUUUAGUGGUUUGGUGUAUCAGGGAUUGGGAUUACCACUCCCAAACCAACCUUGGGCAGGUGGAAAGACCCGAGGAACCGCAAUCCAAAGCGCAUACCCUCGCACUGCACGUGGUGACGUGGUGGAUCAGCUACUCCCAGUCCCAGCCGCCGCUGCGCAUCCGUUCCGUCCGUAACCCUAGACCGGUAAUCCUCCCCUCCCCACCCUCGCCGCGGCCCCGGAUUCCCAAUCCCAAUCCCAUCUCCAUCUCCAUCUCCCCCGGCAGCCGUCUCCCCUCGCCACCGUCUUCCUUCCUCGAGAGCGGGAUGGACCAGGCCAAGGUGGUGCGGGGCAGAGGGAGGAACAAGAGGAAGUGGACGGUGGACGAGGACGAGGAGCUGGUGAGGGCCCUCCGCGAGGUGUCCGCCGACCCCAGGUUCAGGGCCGACGGUGGGGCCUUCAAGAACUGCUACACGCAGGGGAUAGAGGCCCUCCUCGCGCGGCGGCUGCCCGGCCGCGCCAUCAGGGCCAGCCCCCACGUCGACUCCCGGCUCAAGGUCCUCAAGCGCAAGUUCUGCGCCCUCAAGGACAUGCUCGCCUCGCCGGGCUUCUCCUGGGACGCCUCCAGGAAUGUCCUCCGCUGCGACAAGCACCGCUACGACGACUACUGCAAAGAUAAUCCUAGGGCAAGGGGGAUGUACGGCGUUCCGUUUCCGCAUUUCGACGCGUUCGACGCGGUGUAUGGCAAGGAUAGAGCGGCCAGGGAGGCGGUGGAAGUGUCUGAGGAAGCGGCCGCCGGCAUGGAGAAUGGGGAUAUGAGCGAAGAUGGAGGUGAUGAAGAGGAGGAAGACGGUGCGUGCACCGGACCGUCUGGUUCUUGCUCCUUGGAUGCUACAUUGAGCUAUAAAACAACGCAGGAGAGAUGUAGGAACGGCGGUAAAAGGAAGAGGGCUGAAUCGGAUCACCUGCCUCCGGACAUGCUGAAGGAUGUUCGUGGUCACUAUCAACGCGCCAGCCAGCACGUCGACACGAUGGCGGAGGCGAUGGAGCUGUUCAAGGAUGUGCACAGUCACUUCCAGAGCGUUGUUCAGCAUGCCGGUGCCAUGGCAGCGGCAAUGGAGGCGUUCAAGGAUGCACACGGUCGGUUUCAGAGUGUUGUUCAGGAUGCGAGCACGGCCGCAACAGCCAUGGAACAGUUCAAGGAUGCACAUGAUCAGUUUCGAAGCAUCACCCAGAAUGGCAGCGCAACUGAAGCAGUUAUUGAGCCUCAUACUGAUCUGCAAGAAAGGUCAUCGCCUGAGGUGCCCCAACAGGAUGUCAGAGUAAGAGCCAUUGCUGAAAUGCAAAAGCUUGGGUUUACAGGAAGCGAAGUGGUCAACGCCGCGAGUGUUUUCGCCAAGGAACCGGACCAAAUGGGCAUGUUCUUGGCACUCCCAGAAAUCUACAGGAGGGAGUACAUACUCAAGAUGCUUAAUGGCGGGCAAUCUCUCCAUUUUUAGCUUCAAGCGACAUGGGAGGAAUGAAGCUCUAGAAGUUCUAAUUCAGUCCCCUUCUUAAGGUGGGCAAUCUCUCCAUUUUUAGCUUAAAGCGACAUGGGAGGAGUGAAGCUCUAGAAGUUCUGAUUCAGUCUAGUUGCAGCAAUGGUAGUUGAGAAUUUGGGAGUAGUACAUGUGUAAAUGGUUAUAUACCUAGCGUCCCUUGAAGUGUUCUAAUGCACUGUGUUAACGAUGCUAUCAUGUUACUGAUUA